AUCCGAUGAUGCUUCAUGUAAGACCCACUUUACAAAUGUCACGUUGCCAGGUUCGAAUUGUGAAGGCAGCGUCAUCUCUACUCUUUCCUUGCUGUGUGAAUCUGCUAUCCUCCAGUUGUUGGGUCCCUUCGACCCAAGAGCUGAUCACUGAGAUUGACAGAGCGAUGUUCGUUUCGCAAUAUUAGGUGUAGUUGUUGUUGUUGCUGCUGCUGCUGUGAUUUGUGAUUUGGGAGUGAGAAGUCAAGGGAUUUGAGGGUUGAAUUCAACAAUGCCUCCGUUGUCGCAAGGCUUGGCUCUGAAUUCGCAGACCUUAUCAGCUCUCUCGCUGAUUUUGGCGGUGCCGAAGGUGAUAGCCUCGGCUGGGUCGGAGAUGUAUCAAGACCGGAUGCUCAGUGCGAGUCUCCUGCAGCCUGGAGCGGUGAAUGUGAAGUCUAGACGUGGGUUUCUCAAGUUCUGCGGCACGUGCACGACGUGCAGGCGAAAUGUGAAAAAGAUGGUGUGCAAAUGCAUUGGUGAGGACCCUCAAUGUUCCAGGUCGAAUGCGUCUGAGCCACUUGAAAUGAGAAAUCGUGACGAAAUUGUGAGGGGAGGACGGAUGCGGAGGCGAACGUUUGGGACCAGUAUCUUAGGUGGUGCAAUAACCCUUCCAUUCCUUCAGGAGCUUCAGGCGCGAGCUCUUGGUGACCCAACUGUGACCAUUGAUGAGGUGACCCCUACGAUCGCACCUGCCGGUAGCCUACCCCCUGCAGAGGAACGCACAGUGGAGCUCUUUGAACGCAACACUUACUCAGUUGUGAACAUCUUCGAUGUCUCACUGCGCCCUCAAGUCAACAUGACGGGUUCUGUCGAGGUCCCAGAAGGAAAUGGAUCGGGCUUCAUUUGGGACGAGGAAGGCCACAUUGUAACAAAUUAUCACGUAAUUGGGAGCUCAUUAGCACGCAACCCUCCUCUUGGACAAGUUGUAGCGCGCGUUACACUGCUGGGAGCCGACGGAUAUCAGAAGAAUUUUGAGGCAAAGCUUGUCGGUGCUGACAAGACCAAAGACCUUGCAGUGUUGGAUGUGGACGCUCCAGUGGAGCUUCUCCGUCCCGUCAAACUGGGUCAGUCUUCCAAGCUUAGAGUUGGACAGAGAUGCCUAGCUAUCGGCAACCCAUUUGGUUUUGACCACACUCUGACAGUCGGUGUUGUAAGUGGUCUGAACCGCGACAUUUUCAGCCAGACUGGUGUCGUUAUUGGGGGCGGCAUUCAGACUGACGCAGCCAUCAAUCCUGGCAACAGUGGAGGUGUGCUCUUGGACUCAAAUGGCAACCUCAUUGGCAUCAACACCGCAAUCUUCACUCGCACAGGCACGUCAGCCGGAGUUGGAUUCGCAAUUCCUAUUGACACAGUCGCCAAACUCGUGCCUCAGCUAAUCGCAUAUGGCAAGGUUAUGCGGCCAGGACUCAAUGUACAAUUUGCACCUGAGGCAGUGGCCAAGCAACUCAACGUUCGCAGCGGCGCUCUAGUGCUAACAGUUCCAGACAAGAGUGCAGCUGCAAAGGCAGGGAUUAUUGCAACCAGGAGAGGGUUAACUGGAAAUAUCCUUUUGGGCGAUGUAAUUGUUGGAGUUGGCGAAACCACGGUGAAGAACCCUCAAGAGCUCACGAAAGCAUUAGACAGUUACCAAGUCGGAGAUCAGAUUUUGCUUAAGGUCCAGAGGAAUGAUCAGAUUCAGGUGCUGCCAUUGACACUGGAAGAGAGCAUGCGAUGAGAAGAAGACAUAAACCACUAUUAAACAUGGGUCAGUGCUUAUCAGAUUCUUACCAGAAUUUUCCACAUUGAUUGCAGCACAAUAUGAACUAUUCAAUCUUCCGGCUCUGUAAUUACACACGAAAGAAUUGAGUCCCAGGUUCCAUCUGA